GGUACUGCAAAAAGAAAUGAGAAUACGGGGAAAAGGAGAAAAUAAGGGGGAAACCGGAAACCGAAAACCAUCCACCGAAGAUGGCCGUAUCCUCCUCCUCCUUGGGCUCCGCCAAAGCCCUAGCUUGCUUCCAUGCCUCCUACCUUGCCCCCAGAAGAACAGCAUCAUCUUCAACUUGCCCGCGUCUGCCGUCUAUCAAGAUGUGCGCUUCUCCGGCUCCGCCUGCAGAGUCAAGGAAGACCGUGUGGGUGUGGACAGAGAACCGACAGGUGAUGACGGCAGCCGUGGAGAGGGGUUGGAGCACUUUCCUCUUUGGAUCCAAAGAUCUCGCCAAUGAUUGGUCAUCAACUGCUCGCAUCCUUCCUCUCUAUAUUGAUGGCCUGGAGAUUUUUGAUGAGGGAAAUAAAAAAGUUGCCGCAAUUUCUAAAAUCUCUUCCCCGAGUGAGCUGCAACUCAUACAACCAGACAAUGUGGAAGUACAGAAUACUGUGAUUCACUUUCAAGGUGAUUGGCAGGUUAUUCCAGCAGAAAAUAUAGUUGCUGCUUUCCAGGGAUUUGCAGGAACUGUAUUGGCUGUUUCAAAAAACUCAACUGAGGCUCAAGUUUUUCUUGAGGCCUUGGAGCAAGGGCUUGAUGGAGUUGUACUUAAAGUAGAGAACAUGGAUGAUAUUAUUAAACUAAAGGAUUAUUUUGACAGAAGGAAUGAGACAAAGAGCCAGUUACAGUUGACAAAGGCUACUGUAUCAAAGGUUGAAGUUGUAGGUAUGGGUGAUCGUGUUUGUGUGGAUCUCUGCAGUAUCAUGCAACCCGGUGAAGGUCUUCUGGUUUGUGUUGGCUCCUAUGCGAGAGGAAUGUUCCUUGUUCACUCUGAAUGCUUGGAGACAAACUACAUUGCUAGCAGGCCUUUCAGGGUCAACGCGGGGCCCGUGCAUGCAUAUGUUACAGUCCCUGGUGACAAAACUAGCUACCUCUCAGAGUUACGAUCAGGCAGAGAAGUAAUUGUUGUUGAUCAAAAUGGGCUGUGGCGUACUGCAAUUGUCGGCCGUGUUAAGAUCGAAUCAAGGCCUCUCAUCCUUGUCGAAGCCAAGGAGAGCUCUGGACAUGAUACAUACAGCAUUUUCCUACAAAAUGCAGAGACGGUUGCACUUAUCACUCCUGACAGAGGGUCUGGUGGAAGAAAGGCUAUUCCUGUGACAUCACUGAAAGUUGGUGAUGAAGUUUUGGUGAGGAAGCAGGGCGGCGCCCGUCACACUGGAAUCGAGAUCCAGGAGUUUAUUGUUGAGAAAUGAGACAAACUGCAUCGCCUAUGCCUCUUCAGGACCACUGGACCAGCACCACUGUUUUAUCUUUCUUGGCAAAUUUGUGUUAAAUCAUCAGGUGAAUUUCAGACCAAGUCGUCAUAUCUGAAUCACCAUUUAAUCCAAGCAAAAUGUGCAACAAGUGUCUGUAGAUAACUGCAAUUCAAAGUUAUUGUUUUUCUUCAUAUCACAUAAUUUUGCAAAUAGGAGUCGUUUUCAGUGGUUCACAGUUUCA